AUGAGUUUGCAUUGUAUUGUGAAUUCUCAAGAACUGUUUUUCCUGAAAAAAGGUACUAUUUUUUAUAAAUAAUAUUGAAAGUGGUAGUAGCAGUACUAGUGUAAGUAUUAAAUAAGUUGACCCCCACCCACAGGGGCGCUCGGCCGUGAAGAAAACACCGGAAGUGACGCCUGCAGCUUUGUGAGGGAGCGACGGCUGAUGGAGACAUUUUAAAUAAAUACACGGCUAACGGCUAACGGAGCUCGCGAAGGUGCAAGCAUACUGCGCCAAAAUACAUUAAAAAUUCCCCAAAGUUUUUAAUAAGUCAGUAAUAUCAGCCAGUGCACUGCUUAUGCAUCGUUAAUCAAAGGGACUGCACAUUAUCGAAGAUGUCAACAGGUCUAGCGGUGGAAAAAGAAGAAUAUUACUAACGCCGCGGUAAGUUGCCCUAACAGCAAUACCGUUAGCACCGAGCUAACUGCUGACAUUAUCCUGCUCACUACGCCUCCGGUCGGUUAGAUACUGUUUCCAUUUAUAGGAUCUUGCAAGGCAGCUGUCCUGCAGCCUGAACAUUUUGUUUCACUUGUUGUCUUCCUCUCGCCAAGUGUUGCACAGCGUAAGGUUAUGACCGAGGUUAGCUUUACUACGCAGCUGUAAGUAGAGUCUGGAAGGAAGCCUGCUAGCCUCAGGAAGACCAGGAUACAACUAACUCAAGUCCCCCAGACCAGAAAUACAUUACGCUUUACACGCUCAGUUUACUACUGCUUAGGAGGCUCGAGUGGUUUGCAUACAUUUGUUUGCAGGUUGAGUAAGAUCUAAAUGUAAAAUGUUAAAGCAAAUUACACAGUUUUAUCAGUUAUUAGAGUAAAAACGGUAACAUUGGUGCUGCCAAAGUCGAUCGUGUUGGAUGGUGUAGAAUCCAAUGGCAAGUCUUUCUCUUAUUUAGGUGUUAAAAAUUAGUGGCAAUGCAGUAGUAACAGGACACAUAAAAAACAUUAAUAAUCAGAUAUUUUAUGCAUUGUAAGAACUGAAAAAUGUAAUCAGUGUUUUUGAAACUGGACAUUUCUAGUUUGAUUUUACAGUAGUUCAUAAUGAGACUAAAUCACAAUAUAAUCUUGUGAUGGAUGUUUACUGAUUACUUUAGUUGCAGAAAUUCAGGUUGGCAGAACAUUUCCAUAGAAAGCUGACAGAUGUGACAUGGCUUCAAAUACAUGGUGUAUUGAUUAUGGUGAAUUUUCUUUAAUCUGGCAGGUGA